GGCUGACGAGACACGUGUAUAAAGAAAGGGCGGAAGAGAAGAAGUAGAGAUAAAAUGAAGAAAGAAGAACCCACCGGAUCUAGGGCUUCUCGUCUCUCUGUCUACAUUCCUUCGACGGAUUCAACACGCAGAUGAUUCUACCUCUCUGGAUUUUUCACAGCUUUUAUCAUAUAUUCUCUCUUCUCCAUCUCUCCCGAUAUUCAAAAGUAUUCCUGAAAGAAAAAUAGGGUUUCUCGAUGAAAACGAUGAUGAUUGGUUCAAUCUUAAGAGUAUGCAGCUGGCUUGAUUAAUUAUUGGGAUUUUAAAGGGUAAUUGGACCAUUCACCGAAUCAAAAAGAAGAAGUUUUUGAUAGAUUCAAAAGAAGUGAGUUUACUGUAAAACUAUGAGGGCAUUGCACAAAUCGAAAAGGGUAUCAUGGCCACCAGAUUUUCAACUUUGCCAGGGUAUAAUCCUGAGAUACAUCCACUUCUAUCAUGGGAUGCUCAGCCUUUAACCACUUCCUCUUGAGAUCAGUCUAGUCUGUGAUGAGUUAUGCAAGCGAACGCACCAAGAAAUAAAAAUGUGUCAUUCCAGUGGGUUUUGGCUAUCUUCAGGGAAGCAUUCCUCUUUUUACAUUCUCUUGGACGUUGUCAUUUGCCACCUUUCUUUUUUUUUUGCUGAUGGAAAAUACUUUGGUAACAUAGCUUGGAAAAUUUGUUGAUUAGUUAGGAAUCUACAGGGAGGAACCAUUUGAAAAUUAGUUGAUUAGUUAGGCUGUCACUGGAUUAUGAGGUCAUUGUCUUAUACAUUACCACAUUGAUUGUUUCUUUUGUUGAUUAGGCUUUUUCAAACUACCAUACGUUAAUGUUUGAUUUUGUCUCUGGAUUGUAUGUUUGAGAUAACUGGUCCAGUGGUAAAUAUUCAUGUUUUUUUUUUUUGUGUGUAGUGAGGCCUUCUUGAGACUUUUACUGGUACGGCUCUUCGUAUCUGACGAUUCACCUUCGCAAGUUGGAUCAGAAUCUCAAGAUCACCUCCAAGCAAAGUCACAUCCGAGCGAGGAUAAUCUGCCACCUGGUUUCGGUGGACCUCUUUCUGCAAAUGAGUCACAGAUUAAGUUAUCAGACAUCCCAGUAAUAAAGUGGAAAUGCUCUAUCCGGAUUAUGCUAGAUGAGGAAUGGAGAGUGGUUGCAGGGGAAGAAAGCAAAGAAGUGGAGGCGCAAAAUCAAAGAGAAUUGAGAGUUCUUGAAGCAUUCUAUCCUGGCGCAUCAGCUAUUCCUCCAAACCCUUCGGUUCCUGCUGAUGUUGACAACUCAGAUUAUGAUGACCAGCAAACCGUUGUCAUCCCCAUUCUACCUGUAGAAGAUGAUGACCUAGCAAUGGAUUCAGCAUCUGAUCUCCCAUCCCAAUCUGGCGUGGAUGUGGGAACAGAGCCAUCAAGAACCGAUGAGAACACAUCAGUUUCUUCAACCCUCCCCGCAGCGUCAGAAAUAAUGGCUGCACUAACUGCAAUAUCAAACAACAAAGAACUAGGCAGGGGCAUGAUCGACCAGGAUCUGCUUAUGAAAAUCUUGAGCAACCCUAAGUUGGUGGAGAAUCUUGUUGCAAAUAGUGGUGGCGCAGGUUCAGUCUCCUCCAACGGCAGUAGGCCCUACCUAUCUGAAGCAAAUGGAGUAGUAACCACAACACCUGCCAGCUCAAAUGGACAAUAUUACCCUCAGCCAACGGUAACUCAUACUCCUUCCAUCACCUAUCCUCCUCCAGCUCCUUCAGAUCAUCCCAACUAUGGAGCCCCACCAGCCAGAGAUGCUAGUUAUUACAAGAGCCUGAUUCAACAACAUGGCGGCGAAAGACAAGAGGCGCCACCGCCAGUUCAACAGCAUCUCGGUUAUCGUUAUAACCCUCAACCUGGAGGAGGACCUAACCCUGAGAUGGUAAAUAGCAAUAAUAAUAACAACCAGAGGCCAAGGGACUCAAAACCAAAGAUAAUGAAGCCUUGCAUGUACUUCAACAGCUCCCGGGGUUGUCGCAAUGGAGCCAACUGUUUAUACCAGCACGAUGCUGCAGCUUACCAGCCGAGGAAUCCAAACAAUGGUAAUGAGAUGCCAAGUGCAAAAAGAAUGAGAUUUGACAGGGACUGAAGCAGAAUUAGCAUACCACCACCAUGCUCUUCUCCUCUUGGUGUGAGAGAGCUUGUUGUUAGCAGCAGAGCAAUUUUUUCUUCUUCUCUCUUGCCUGGCUUUGCUGCUAUAUAAGUUUUAUUUACUUUUUGAAACUAUUUCUUGGUCUAUUCCACAAAUCAUAUAAUAUAAUUAGGGAAUUUUCUCUCUC